AUGUUAUCAGAAGCAGUCCCCGAUGGCGAUAAAAUUUAUGAAUGGUUAGAUAGUGCCGAAAAGUUAAAAUCAACACGUCAAUUAGCUCAUACCUUUAAUAUGAUGUAUUAUUUUAAAUUACAACAAGAAUUAUGGAAAGAUUAUUUCGAUUUGAGUAUGACUGAGGGUAUUUGGGCUCCACGAGUACCGAAAUCGGAAGCAAAACAACAUUAUACUUGUGUAUCCUAUGGUCGAUCUGAGAAACUUGUUGAACAACGUCAAAAAACUAUUCAACAUCAAAUGAAUCGAACAAAUCAUGAACUACAACAACAAUUGAUUUAUCUACCAGAAUGGACUGAAAAUGUUCAGCCAUUCAUCGAUUCAAAAUUUCUCUCAUCAGCUGUGAAAGCAAUGGUUAAACAUGGUCAAUAUCGUUUAAAUAUGGAAUUCAAACAUAAACGUGCAAUGUUAAAAUUGGAUGCUGAUGAUCAUCGUUUCAUUUCAGCCGUAUAUGCAUUGAAACCGACUGAAGAACAGAAAGCACUGGAAGAAGUGGAAAUUCUUCGAAAACGAGUGUCAUUAAGACGACUUCCUCAACCAUAUGAUAAAAUUCUUAAUCAAUCCAUUGCUCCUAUUCAAACAAUACUUUCACAUGCUAUUCUGCAUAAAGAUCGACGUGCUAGUAUGGCAUCACGUUGCUCUAAAACAAUUACACAAUAUAAAUUUGAUUUGAUGGCUAUGACGAUCGCUAUAGCUCAAGAUACAGCUCGUGGUUAUGCUCAAUUGGCAAUCCAUACGAAAAAUAAAUUAUGUCAACUUGAUAAUAAUUCACUACGAACAUCUAUUGAACAACUCAUCCAAGCAAUAGAAAUUCGUGGAGAAAAUAUGAAAAAACGUGCUCAAGAAUUAUUUCAAUAUAAAAUGAUAUCUUUUUUCGAACAGGCUCCGGCGGUAGACAACGGCCUUAAAUAUAUUCCACCAUGUCAAAGUCGAUUUUCACGUCAAUCUAUUGAUGGUAUUGUCAAUGAACAAUAUAAAACAUUACGUUCAAUUGUUCAAGGUUGUCUUGAUGAUCAUCAUGUGCAGCUUAUAGAACCACGUGAGAAAGAAGGUUUUCCUUGCUUGAAACGUAUACUCUAUGAACUUCAAUCAAAAAAAUUACCACAUCAACUAAAUAUUCGUGCUCGACGUGAACAAAAAGUAAUACGAAGUAUAAGAAAAAUUUUACGCCAUCGACCUGAUAUUACUGUUCGUCGAACUGACAAGAGUAAAGUAUUUUAUGCAGGUAAUGUGACUAUUUUCGGUGACAAAGCUUCGAGAUAUAUGAUCGAAACCGAAGCUUAUCAAGAG